AAAUAACCAAAGAUCAUGGCGGUCACUUUAGUCUCUACUAUUGUAUUUUUCUCCCUCUUUUGUGAUGUUUAUUCACUUCCGGUUGAGAGCUGCCCAAUGUACGGCUGUCGUCCGUCGGGGACUUUUUCGUAUGUUCUAAGCGUUACUUCUAACGUAUCGUUAGCUUGGCCCAAGAGUUUUGUACAAGGACCGUAUGUUAAUUCCCUCGGCUGUGCUGCAAACGAUGUCAAUAUUGUAUGUCAAGCUAAUGGAUUACGAGAUGAGGGAUAUGUGACCUUGAUUCCAGACAAUGGUACAGUAGCCUGGUAUGGAGACGUUCUGAGGCGGCCUACAUUGCCUAUCAUGGACAUUUAUGGUGAUGUCAUUGGUACAGAUGGACAUAACCUAGUGAUGUUUGACGCAGAUGGAAAAAUAGAGAAACCGCUGAUCAAUCUCGGGGAGAGUUUGUUUCCUACUUACAGUCUUACACUUUCCGAAGACAACGGCAUCAUAGCCAUUGUUUCACGACAGGGGCUACUGGUUACCAAGGAAUCUAAUGGCAUACCUCAUGCCUCCAUGGAUUUCCGGGCAGAGGAAGAGAGAACCAACGGAACUUUUAUACCAGUAGCGCCACCUGUUGUGUCAGGACAUCGUAUUUACAUCCUUACAGAGUUUCGACCGGAUUAUAGUCUACAUCAGCCUGAUAUCCUUGGAAUGCAACGUUUGUUUGCUAUUGACAUGAAAAACGUGAUGAUGGGUCGUCUAGAAACAGCCUGGGUUUUUAACUUUGAAAGACUGGAUAGAUUAGGUCCGCUUGUCGGUGAAUAUCAACAAAACAAGCAGAAUGCGCGAAAUGAAAAUCAGGAGGCUGGAUUUGGUGUUGCUCCACAAAUAUUGAAAAACACGGACACAGAUAUGAUCUACGUAAACUUGCCACCACCAGAGGGUGCAAUAGAUGCUCUACAUCUCCUCUGGGGUUUCAAAGAUGUAGCAAAUGGUACAGAUCCCGAUCUUAUUUUUAAAAUUCCACAGCCAUUGUCAAGAAUUGCUAUGUUCGAAUCCAAUAGUGGACCAGUUGUUGGAAAAAGGAAAAACAAAAAUUUGGGGGGAAAAUACAAACCUUUAACGCAAAGAAGAAAAGUAAAUAGCGCCUCGUUAUGGGGUGUUUCAGUGAAUAGAAAACUUAUUCUUCAGCUAAACCCAGAUGAUGGAACUGUGAAAAAUCAAAUUAGCCUCGAUUCUGCGCUAAAUAUGACGUCAUCAGUCGUUACAUCUAAGAUAAUGGUAGCACGUUCUUCUGGCAGUUCGGAUGAUUUUCUCAUAUUUGGAGUGCAGGUAACACCUUCUAAAACUGGCGAAGGGGUAAAGGGAUUCCGAGAGCUGAAGGGCAGAAAAACGGCCAUGGAUUCUCCAAAGAAUUAUGUUGUAAGUUUUAGGGAAAACAAAGUGAACUGGGUGUUUGAGACUCCAAAUAACCGAGAGGUGAAGGGACAAAUAGCUGGAGUACAGCGCUCCUCCGUGGACGGGUCCGACUUACUGGUCGUGUUUACCAGUGAUUCUGAAGAAUCCGAAGUGUUUGCUCUAAAGUUUGACAAGACACCGGAAACUCUUAAUAAGCCAAAAGUGGAGGAAGACCCUGGAAACCCUUAA